AUGGUUAUCAAAUCAAGCGCCCUACAAUUCGCAUCGUACUUGUUGCGAGAAAGAGUUAAAUUUGGCAGCGUUCAUGGAGUCCCCGACCUGUUAGGGCCAUUUCAUAAAAGAAAGGAAGACUUACUAAAACAAAUUAGAGAAAUAUCAGAAAAUAUUUCAAAGUCAGAAUUAGCGCGUAAAUUGCGUGUCGCUAAAGGAUUUUAUAGUUUAGAAAUGGCUCCUCCGAACAAUAACGAAAUAAUGCAAAUAAAAAAUGACAUAAAACUCGUUAAAGAUUUUUUUGGAUCAGGAGCCUAUAAGCAACUCACUGUAAAACAGGCAUGGCUUCUCUUGUUGGUGGGCACAGAAAUAGGAAUGUGGUUCUUUCUGGGCGAGACUAUAGGGAAGAUGCAUAUUGUGGGAUAUAAAGUAUGA